AGAAGUACAAAUGCGAGCCUGUGUGUGCGUGUGUGUUAAUCAUUUGUCCCGCCUCUUCGCUGACCAUGCGCGUGAUGCCUCAGUGACGUCAGCUGUAGUAGCUCGCGACCCCAGCAGCAGCAGGUUGCCUUUCAUUCAGUCCGCUCUUCGCUCCCCGGCGGAGUUAACGGAUCUCCAACUGUCAUUAUGGACCGGACCGUUUUCCAACUGCCUCCAGCCAGACACGGACAAACUGUGUGUGAAAAUAUCUCCACGUCUUCUUCGUUUGCUGCUGAAUUUUCCCAGUUUGGAUUUUAUCUUCAGGAAAAGUUGGAAGUUUGAAGCAACGUACCGGCGCUCUUUUGGUUUUCCUCUAACUUAUGUGGGAAUAUAACGUUAGCUCAUCUCACUACUAACAUUUUUAAUAACUUUUAUAUCUAAUGGAUACAUAAACACUACACUGUUGGAAUACUUUUUUUAAAUUUUGGACGGUUUUUUUUUUCGAGGUGGAACCGGACACUUCUGAUCCCGAAAGGUUUUUAACAUCUAGUCGCGAAUAAUGCUAUUUUCUUGUCAUCUCGACUGUUUCAGUAGUUUUGUUGUGUUUACGUGAACUGAAAACUAAAAAUGAUUUCGGAGGAGAGAAGCAGCCACGUAAAUAAACAAGCCCUGAACUUCCCUGUGGGUUUACUGAUCCGUUCUCCAAAGAAGCGCCUGGCCAAGCUGGGGAGGAAACCCAGCAAUGGAUCUGUCCAGUCCAACAACUCGGACAGCACUGUCCGCUCCACAGAGAGCACGGGUGUCCGGCAGCCAGCCAAGAGCAAAAUCCGCCGGCACAACAACAGACUUUCAACUGUUUUCAACUACAGCCCCAACCUACGGGACAGCGGACGCCGUGGCCAAGCGUUGAGCAGCGGGACGCUGGCUGGAGACCUCCAGGCUGCGGACGACCCAGCCGAGCUGUCCAGCCAAAUGUCUGUCCCCGGCAUUCUCAAGAUCUUUGGCAGCGACAUCUGCCAGGGGACCAACUACAAGAGCGUGCUGGCCACCACACAGUCCAGUGCAAAGGAACUGGUGAAGGAGGCCUUGGACAGGUACUGCCUGGAAAAAGAAGACACCAACGAUUACGUGUUGUGUGACGUGAUUGGCCAGACGGGUGCAGAUAACCAGUGGAAGAGGGAGUGUUUCCGUGUGGUGGGAGACAACGAGAAACCCCUCAUGCUUCAGUCGCUUUGGAAACCCAAGGAAGGUUUCUCCAGACGCUUCGAAAUCCAGCUGCGAGCGAACAUCGAGGAGCAAAGUUUAAAGGACAGAGACACAGUCACAGCAGGCCUCAACGCUCAGGCUCGUAAGCUGCAGAAGAGCCGCUCCAGAGUGACCUCGCUAUUUGUGGACGGCAGCGGGGAGGACGUGGACGGACUCGGGAUCUGGAGAAGUCUGAGUGAAAUGGAUCUGUCAGCGAUGGGGAAGGAGGCCAGCCGGGCCCAGCAGAGCGCCCUCAGGGAGGAUCCCGAGGCCGAGGCCGACAAGGAAGUCUUGCGGCUGGGCAUGGAGAAGGAGGAGACGGAAAGUAGUGACGACAACACCACCCAGUACUCCAUUCACCCACCCUUUGACUUCCCUUACUUCCUGCUGCUUCAGGGCUACAGCCACAGACAGGAUUUCGUCAUCUAUCUAAUGAGUGGGACCACCACCAUCUUCGGCUGCUGCAGGGAGCACUGUAACGGAGAAGAUGAGGAGAGGUUAAAGGUCGACAUCCUUCUCUUCGCUCCUGAUGUGUUGCCCCAACACUGCUGCGUCAGACGCCUGGACUCUAACAACCCGACCUCCACAGGGGAGCCCAGAAAGACAUUAACAAUGCUGAAGCCCCUCCACGGUGCUCCUGUCACCAGGAAUGGUUUUCUGCUGAAGGAGGAGGUAGAACUGAAUCCAGGGGACUUGGUGGGUUUGGGGAAACACUACCUGUUCAUGUUUAAGGAUCCUACAAGCACAUCAGGAUCUCUCCAGACCCCUCCCUGGAUGACAAGACUCUGCCCGAACUCUGACACAAAGGUGUCAUCCUCUUGUUCAUCAUGCGGUUCCUCUAUGCCCGUUAAAAGGUUUCAGAGAAAGCCUUUACCUCCUCGCUGGAGGGACCUGGAAGGCACAGCGGCUUUGCUAAGCUAUGAGCUGGAGCAGGAGGAAAGAGUCCUACAGGAGAUUUUGGAAAUGCUGGACCCCAGUGGGAAUGAACCAAAGUUGACACCUGCUUUCCUGCUUAGCCUCUGCAUCCAACACUCAGCCUCCACGUUUGAGCUCACACACUUCAGACAGCUGCUGCUCCGGAUAGCCAGCCAGAUCCAGCUGGUUAUGUGGGAGAAGACAAAGGAACUUGCAGCAAUCCAACCAGAAACGAGCUCCAACGACGGGCAGCCCGAGCAGCUGCAGCUGCUCAGCAUGGAUGAGCUGAUCCCAGGUCUGCAGCCGCUGGUGCUGUGGAUGGCCAACUCCAUCGAACUGCUGCACUUCAUCCAGCAUGAAGUCCCUCAGCUGCUGCCCUGGAGGCAGGACCAGGAGGACGAAGGUCUGCUGGACUCUGAGAUGUUAUCCACUCGGACAGCCUGUGAAGAAGCCAUGACGGUCCUGGAGGAAGUCAUCAUGUUCACCUUCCAGCAGUCUGUCUACUAUCUAACAAAGAGUAUGUAUUCAGCCUUGCCGGGUCUGCUGGACGGGAACCCGUUCUCAGAGAGCGGCCAGCUGCGAAUGCCUGACGGACUCAGCGGCAUCCUGGAGGUGCUGAAGGAGGCGUUGAAGCUCCUCACAGCCUUCCAGGUGCACCCAGACAUUUCUUUACAACUCUGUGCCUACCUGUUCUUCUUCAUCAACGCGUCGCUGUUCAACGCCCUCAUGGAGAGAGGAUCGGUCGCUGGGUUCUACCAGUGGUCCCGAGGUGUCCAGAUCCGGGCCAACCUGGACCUGCUGAUGGACUGGAUCCAGAGCAUCAGUCUGGGCGAUCUGGCCACCGAGUUCUUCCAGAAGCUUUCUGCUGCUGUCAAUCUGCUGGCUACACCCAAAGAAACCCUCAUGCAGGCGUCCUGGACGUCUCUGAGGACCGAGUUUGCGGCCCUGAACCCUGCCCAGCUCCACCACAUGCUGAGGGAGUAUAACUCCGGUAAAGCCUGUCCCGCCGGAUGGAGCCCCUCGCCGGACGACGCGGAGGACGCCGUCAGGACGGCCGACAUCCUGGAGAGCUUCGACAACCACCCGCCGCUCAUCCUGCCCAGCAGCACGUUUCACCUGGAGCUCGGUAAACCGAUCGUGGAGCCCGCUCUGUUUGAACAGCUCGGUCAUCUGCAAGAGUUCAUACGCCAGCUCCCCGGCGGUGAAACCCAAGCCGAAGCUGAUGUGGAGGAACAGGCUCUCAAUGGGACAACCACAGACAGCCAGUCUACGACCUCACCCUCCGUCAGAGUCUUUCAGGAUCCAGCCCAUCAGGGGGUCUCUGACCCUGUUACCUGCCCCUUCCCUGAGGCGGAUCUGGACUGCACCUCCCCUGCAGAGCCCACUCAGGCCCAAGGAUCUCAUGGUGACUUGAGCAGUUGUGAGGCAGUCCUGACCCAGAAGCUGAAGAGCCUGGAGCUGCAGAACGCCCUCCCAGGACAGGCAGACCAGGGCUACCAUAAAAGCCUGGCGCUGGACCCGUCCUGCCUGCUGACGCCACCCAACACCCCCCAGGGUAUGGAGCUGGCUGAGCUGGAGGCUGAUCUGCAGGAGGGCGCCCGCCAGCAAAAGAAAGCCAAUGGAUGUAAUGAGAGAAAGGCAUACAACGUGGAAGAAGAAGAAGAAGACAGAGAGGAAGUGUUCACGGUGGAGCUGCACAGAGGACCUCACGGUCUCGGCCUGGCGCUCGUAGAUGGAACGAAGACGCCGCUGAGAAUGAGCGGGAUUUACGUGAAGUCAGUGGUGCCCGACUCGCCCGCCGCUCAGUGUCAGAAGCUGAAAAUGGGCGACCGCAUCCUGGCUGUAAACGGCAUCAGCCUGGUCGGUAUGGAAUACAACAUCGGGAGAGAACUGAUCCGAACAUCGGGAGACUCGCUCAGACUGCUGGUGGCCAAGAUCGACUCGAAAACGAGCGGCUCGGCGACUACGACUAAAUGCUGAAGUGAACGAGCUCCGGCGGACGAUCAAGUGCAAUUGGGAAUACUGGAGGACGUGUGGUUGUGUACAGUACAGUUCUUCCUUCCUGCUGUAUCCAAAGUCAGUAUUUCUCACAGGAUGGAAAAACACAACUCCCCCCCAACCCCAACCCCCCUCCCCCGCUUCUCAUCUCAUUUUGUGAGGUUUGUGCGUAAAAAAAAAAAAAAGAGCGUCGAGACAAUCAGCCCAAGCAACGGGACUCUCGCUCGUUUUUUUUUUUUUUUUCCGCUCAUCACCUCUGUGAAUGUCAUCUCAAACCAAAAAAACAGCGGUCGGCUGUGGGCGUUUUCUAGCAGACAGGUGGUCAGCUCUUUCUGCUGCUCCAGCUUCUUUGUGGGGCGGCAGAAUGAGUUUUCCUUCUUUCUUCUUCAUAACUCGUAAAAAGGUUCGGCGGUGAGGAAAAAUAGCCCGUCUGUGGCAGUUUUUGCAGUUGCUACUUGUGAAACAUCUAUUUGGAUGUCUGUGUAUUCCUGUCUGAAGAGCACCGACAUGUCUGGCAUCGACUGGAACUGUUUGGAAAUUCAUUGCAAAUUAUGGCUUUUAUGGCUAUUUUAAUCACUGUGAAACACUAUAUUUUACACUGCGACUUCCUCCAUCUUUACCCCGUCAGUUUAGUCUGUCAGGGAGUCGUUCCUUCAUCUGUCAGUGUGAGAUCAUUUCAUCUGUUUUGUUUAUAUUCUGUCCACUUUGACACACACUUCUAGGAACAUUCUCAAAACAAGGGAAACCGGUUCAUUAUCUCAUUCCACUGGGAGAACUUUUGCUUGUUUUAAGGGGAAAAAAACUGAGGCUGGAUUUAAGACGAUAUGAUUUUAUUUGUAUUGUAGCGGUUGGUCGUUUUAAUUGUGGCCUUUAGAGCAUCAUACAGAUCCUCACAUUUAUGUUUUUUCCACUUUUUAUCACAUGAAACACAAUAGAGCUGCAACAACUCAGUGAUCACUCGAUGGACAGAAGAUUUAAUUGGCAACUGUAGUCAUUUUUUAAGUAAAAAUGCCCAAAAAUGUUCUGGUUUCAGCUUCUCAAAUGUGAUGAUUUAAUGCUUU